AUCCCUCUACUCUGCUUCCUGUUCCUCAUCCCGCUCAACUUCCCCUGGUCCCAGAUCAGUGUGACAUGGCUGGGUGUGGUCCACUUCCUGGCCUGCCUGUCCCCCCAGCUGGGCUCUGUACUCUACCACCUCUUCAUGAACCACGAGGGAGGAGAGCCCGUCUACCACACCCUCCUCACCCUCGACAUGUGCGGCAUCUGCAUGAUCAACACGCUGGGUAAGCAUAGGGGCUUCUGGGUAGCAACUAAAAGCUCUCUGUUCUCAUUGAUUCUUUCAUUCUCUCUCUCUACAUUGUUUUAUCUCCUUUUCUCCUUUCUCUUCCAGCCUUUUGUUUUCUGUUUACACUGUCUGGCACACUCUUUUUGUGCAAUCCAUUUUCAUUUACAUUUAUGCAAAUCAUCUUGAGUAUCCAAUAACCAAUUGGUCAUUCCAACAAUUCGGUGCCUUUUGAGAUGUGUAACUUGGUGGGGAAAAAAAGUUUGAUUUCACACUUUGUCAUGAAGAGCACAUGUAUAACUUAAUUUUUUUAAAAUAACAUUUUCCCAUCUCAUAAAAAAAUUACUAUAGUAAGUGCCUAUUAAGUGCCAAAUAAAGUAUUAUUAUAAUUAUUAUUAUAAUUAUUAUUAUUAAACCUUUAUUUUGACAGGGAAGUCAUACUGAGACUAGGGUCUUGUUUUCAGAUGAGCCCUGCAUAAAUACACCGUUCAUAUAUAGUACCAGUCAAAAGUUUUUAACACUUUUUCGGGUUACUACAUGAUUCCAUAUGUGUUAUUUCAUAGUUUUGAUGUCUUCACUAUUAUUCUGCAAUGUUUAAAAUAGUAAAAAUAAAGAAAAACCUUGAAUGAGUAGGUGUGUCCAAACUUUUGACUGGUACUGUAGAUAUACAAAAUUACAAAGCAUAUUAAGAAAAACAGACACAUUUAUCAACAUGGAGGUCUCUGAUCACAUCUCAUUUCAGAGCUCUCUGUGAGUUGUUCCACAUAAAGGGCGCAAAAAAACUCAAAGCAGCUUUACCCAACUCUGUGGAGACUGAAGGGGCCUCCAGUGUUAUCCAAGCCUGUGACCGGAUUUUUGUAAGUUUAAAUUGAAUGAAUAAUGAUAGUAGAUACAUAGGAAGUUUCUGCAUGAGUGCUUUGUAAAUAAACACAAGAGAAUGCUGCUGUCUCCUUACUACAAAGAGGCCCAACCCACUUUUUGAUACAAAACACAAUGGUGAGUUUUAUAACAUCACCAGUAAGGGCACAAUGGAAAACAGCAUCUAGUGGUUUAAGUGUAGAUGCUGUUCCAUGCAUAUAGAUAAUAUCCCCAUAAUCUAAAAUAGACAUAAGUGGCCUGGACAAUUUCCUUCCUAUUAUCAAAAGUCAGACAUGCUUUGUUUCUGUAAAAUAAACCAACCUUGAACUUCAACUUCUUCACCAGCAGUAACAGGGUUGACUGUAACAGAGGUGACAAUGUAAUCUUAAAUCAGCCAUAAAUCCCUUUGUGACAGGGGAAAUGGAAGCUUGUUGUGUGCAACAGGGAGGGGUAAUUGAAUGAAUGUUUAACAAAAACAUUUUAAUUGUUAAAACAUUUCUAGCCUGUCUAUAUGGGUCACAGGGUUGACGUGUUAUGCUCGACCCACUCAGUUUUACACCACAAAACACCAGAAAAUGGCCAAAAAGAGUAGAACCAGCUCACCUGCUUUUCGACGAUAAUUUGAUUAUUAGAUGUUCGAUGUUUCUUUUGAAAAAAAUAUUUAAAAAGGAGUAGUUUCACCAUCUUAAAACGAGAGUUCAUUUCACGUAACAGGGUUGACCUUAAAAUGAGGGAUAGGUUUUUUUUCUUCCUUGAAAUGAAUCACUAAUCACGUUAAAUAAAUAAUAAUCUUCAGAAAUGACUUUGUCAAAGCAACAAAAUAACUAGGGCUUUACAAUUAUCGUGAAAACCUUUAGAUAUUUUGGGGUUAAGUGGGUUGAAAUCUUCCUGGAAGUCACAGAGGGUGCACGGAGGGACAUGCUGAAUUUUGGCACUUUAGCAAGUAUUUUUUAAUCAGAUUGAUUGAAUUCUCCAUCUGGUCUAUAUUAAAGGGCACUUCAUUGAAUAUAACAGACUUUUAAAACAAAUCUAUAUUGGUGCACAAUUUCUACCUAAAAUAUCAAAGGGACGCAAAAGGCACUAAUUUCGUGGAAUGACCCCAAUACUGCAUAUGGUGUAUAGCCAUAAUGGAAUUAUAGUCAGUUGAGAGUCCAUGAUUCCACAAGGGAAGGGCUCCAUGGCUGGGUUAUUUAGCAUGGGUGUAGGCUAUAUGUGAGAAUGAGUAGCCUAAAGUUGAACUGCAUUCAGUAUAGUAUAUUAUGGCUAUAGAAUAUUUUUUAAAACAUUUUAGUCAUUUAGCAGACGCUCUUAUCCAGAGCGACUUACAGUUACUGAGUGCAUACAUUUUCAUACUGGCCCCCCGUGGGAAACGAACCCACAACCCUGGCGUUGCAAGCGCCAUGCUCUACCAACUGAGCUACAGGGGACUAUACUAUACUGUGUGCAUGAUUCUCUGGGAUGGGAAUAUCUGUUGUGGUGUAGUUUAAUGACUGACUGCCUCUGACUUUGUGUGUUGUGUUUGCCUCAGGAGCGCUGCCCAUCGUCUACAGCACCCUGCUGUGCUACCCCUUCACCCGCACAGUGGCUCUGGUCGUCUACAUCCUGCUGUCCAGCUACGCCAUCUACUCGGCCAUCACGGCGCGGAGUAGCGUUCGGCGCCUGCGGUCCUUUGCCUGGCAGGCCCUAUUCCGCUUCUCCUUCUUCCUGCUGCGCUGGGUGGGCGUGGGCGGCGGCAGCCCCACCUCGCUGCAACACUUCCUCACCAUGGACGCGCUGGCCGUACUGGGUGGGAUCAUCAACAUCGCGCGCAUCCCAGAGCGCUUCCGCCCGGGCCUAUUUGACUACUGGUGCAACAGCCACCAGAUCAUGCAUGUGCUGGUGGUGGGCUCCAUCCUCUACCUGCACUGGGGUGUGCUGGACGACCUGCUCUGGAUCAACAGCCACCACUGUCCCUCAGAC